AUAGACUGCCAUGUAACUAUGAUCUCAUGAGAUAAACGUUUCCUGUCGCUGUUGGCUGUUGCGUAGAUACUAGCUAGCUAGUUUGCACCUGUUCUCAGUGCAUGCAGGUAGAAUAAAGAGUGUGGCAGUUGGUUUCACCUGGCCGCGGACAUUAUUAUAGCGUAUAUACUUGCAUGCUAAUCUAUGCGGAAUGCGAUCACAAUAAACAAAACAGCACAGCAUCUUGUGCGCAGGCGCACGAGAGGGAGGCAGCACGCGCAUGCGUUCAAAAUUUGGCGGUUCGAGAUUCGAAACGAGCACGACGGUGAACCAACCCAGAAGGCGUGCCAACUCGUCCAUAAUUGUCAGAGCCAUGUCGGGCUACGACUGCAAGUUUGUUCACCCACUGCUGAAAAGACACGAGUGUCCACUGUGCCAGCUAGCAAUGAGAAACCCAAUGCAGACGGAAUGUGGCCACAUCUUUUGUAAGGAGUGUCUGGAGCCAGCCCUCAGCCAUAGACCUCCACUCUGUCCACUGGACAAGGAGCCCAUCUCAAGAGAAAGUAUAUUCCCAGACAAUGCCUGCAGGAGAGAAAUACUCAAUCUCGACGUGCUGUGUGGGUCCAGUGGUUGCCAGUGGGCCGGGAAGCUCAGUGAUCUUGAAGCCCAUGCAGCCGAGUGUGAGUUCUCAGAGGUGCAGUGUAAGGUGUGUGGGAACCACGUGCAGAGGAAGAGUCUCCCGGGCCACAUGAAGACCAGCUGCCCCAUGAGACCCGAGCUCUGCGUUCACUGCAGCAAAGACGUACCCUUCCAACAGAUGACGGCCCACCUGUCUAAGGUGUGUCCUGAAGUCCUUCGUUCCUGCCCCAACAAAUGUGAUCCAAAACUACAGAUGAAGCUCCAUGAUUUGGAGAAGCACGUGAGUGUCAGCGAAGGUAACUGCCCACUCUCUACCAUCAAGUGCCCUUACAGUGUCUUCAACUGCAGCUUUGUUAGUAUAAGGCAGAAUAUUGACAACCACUUGCAGCAGUUUGCCGUCUACCACGCACAGAUCCAGGCCCAGCACUUCUCCCUGCUCCUCACCUCCAUCGAGAAGAUGAGGGUCACCCAGCAGAACCAGAGCGAGAGAGUCCACGCCCUCGAGCAGCUUGCCUCCGGGACCGAGAGACGACUAACAGGGCUGGAAUCGGCAAUCAAGACACUCGGGGAUCGAUCGGAGGGUGCAAGAUCCAGCGGGAGCACGCUCGCAGCUACACAACCCCCCUCCCCAGUUCCGGGUGCCAGCCACUCCCACCCGCCCCUUCAAGAGUUAGAGGCACUCAGGUCAAAGGUUACUGAGCUAGACCACAGCCUCGACCGCUGCCUAAGUAGUUCCCUGGACCAGGAGCUGCGACUACAGCUUCUGGAGCGAGCCACCUACAACGGAAUACUAUUGUGGAAGAUUGACGAUUUCACGCGACGUCGGAGAGAGGCCGUGGAUGGAGUAACGCUCUCACUGUACUCCACCCCGUUUUACACCAGCCGACACGGGUACAAGAUGUGCGCGAGAAUAUAUUUGAAUGGAGACGGGCUGGGGAAAGGUUCGCAUCUAAGCUUCUUCUUUGUCAUCAUGCGAGGCCCGUUUGACGCUCUUCUUACGUGGCCGUUCAAGCAGAAGGUGAUGCUCACGCUAAUAAACCAAGUCGGAAAGAAGCACAUUACGGAUCACUUCAGACCUGACCCUGCCUCAAGUUCGUUCCAGAGACCCGGACGGAAAGAGAUGAACAUUGCGUCGGGGUGCCCGAUGUUCAUCAGGAUAGACCACCUCCUCAAUGGUGGAUUCAUAAGAGACGAUUCGGUAUUUCUGAGGAUUGUUGUCGACACCUCCGACCUCCCCAAAGUUGUUCCCUAACCUUACAGUCUGAUACCUCGUACCUCCUUCUUGCCUCAAUUACUCGCUGGAAUUAAGCAGUCUUUGCCGUUUACAGGCAGCCUUUACAGCGACUGACACUAUUCCCCUUGACCGUUUGCUUAAGGCAGUAAUUACGUGUUCUCUUUCGCAUGGUACUGCUACGAUUUGUCCUUGCUUUCUUCUAUUAUCCUGACUAAGAUCAUGGUGCACAUUCUCCUAUAGUCCUGACUCAAUCACAAUAACACUGGACAUAUUUGUUUAAUACUGGAUCUUGCACAUACUCAUUGCGGUUAUGCUUUACUAAUUCAAGCUCAAUGGAUGUCUCUAAGCGCAGAUUACUUCGUGCAGUAACGUUGAUUGCAUUUGAUCAUCAAUAUUAUUAUUUCCACUGUGAUAUACAUUGUUUAUUGUAACACAUGGAAAAGUUACACCCAAGUUGAAAAUAAAUAGUGAUAAUUACAAGUGUACAAUUGACCCUAGUAAUAAUACUAUGAAUGUACCAGUUCUGACUGAAUAGCCUUCUUGUACUGGUCGAGGCCCCCCUCUAAUCUGUGCACUAAUUUGUCUUUGCACAGCCAGACUGCGUUGCAGCACAGUUUAAUGAGAUGCUCAUCGUGAGAUACAAGUAAUACUCCUCCCUGCACCAGUAGAACCUCACAUAAACAAGCACACUAUCUUAUGUAUAUUAUACAUAGGAUGUUUGGGUAUAAGAGAUUUUCACCCACUCACAGAAAAACAUGCAGAUAGAUGUGUAGGAUGAUUGAGGUAUAUAGGUAAUAAAAGAAAAAAUUAAUUUUGCAUUGUAGGGCUGCCCUCUAAACACAAGCAGACUAUAUAAUUAUACUAUUCCUCCUAUGCAGGCAGUGAGUGGAUUCAGUGACUUCAGUGCUUGCCAAAAGGUAAAUCGUGCAUAAGCCAAAACCAUAAUUUUUGAGGUUGAAAAAAAAUUAAAAUUCCACCCGAUCCUAUAUCUCUCCAGACUAUGGACGCAGUGCAAUGCCAAACUAAUCUACGCUGUCCAAAAAAAGGUAUGCAAAGUUAAACUUAGGAUUAUUUUAGGAAAAGAUAAGGUUGAAAAAAAAUUAAAACAUUCUAGGCGAAAUAAGAGCGGCCAUGCAACUGCCUUACCCAUGGAUGGUUUUAGGCAAAAGUUGAAAAAAAAGUUGAAAAAAUAUAUAAUGGGCCAGCCCUCAAUCUCUCCAGACAGACAUCUACGGACGCAGUGCUAUGCCGAACUAUACGCUGCCCUUUGAGAAACAUGGGU